AUGGUCAGCCUUGAUGAAGAUGUGGGCAACAUCAGCCAUCCAGCUUUCGCAGUGAAUAAACACCAACCCAAGUCCAAAGAAAAAAAUCAGAAAGCGACAGUCGACCCAACAGCCCUGUUAAUCGACACGCUGCCACCCAUCUCGAUUCCCCAAGAGGAUGUCCCACAAGGUGUGGUCCAGAUACUCUCGCGAAGCGCCUGCAACGUCGGCAAACUACAAGGGGAUCUUGUUCUGAAAUACGCCUCAGAUCUCAACAACCCAUUCUUCCUAACGAGUGUCAAAGUAGAAGCCCGAAUCCUCGAGCUACUGGGCAAACACCCGCACAUCGUCGAAAGCCAUGGCCUCCAUGACGAAGGUCUACUGCUGAGAUAUUACCCAAAUGGCACGCUGCACAACUAUAUCGCCUUACACCCGUUCCUGAACAUUGACCAGCGCAUCAAGUGGUGCAGGCAGCUAGCCGACACGGUGGUGUUCGUGCACUCAAAAUGGGUGAUCCACUGCGAUAUCACGCUGUCCAACAUCCUGCUUGACGAGGAGCUCAACAUCGUCCUGGUUGAUUUCCAGGGUCUGCUUUGCUCUUCUUCUGGGGAUAUCAUGCUAGAUGGAUUGAGUCGUGCGCCGGCCAAGUCCUCGAUGCCUAGAAAUGACUUCCAUUAUUCGGAUGCGCGGACGGAUAUUUUUGCUCUUGGCUCUGCUAUGUACCACAUCAUUGUUGGAAAUGAGGUGUUCCCUGAGCUGGAUAACUUUGACGAUCAAGUAGAGAUCACAGAAAAGUUCAGGAAUGGCAUGUUUCCAAUGGGUAAUUACAUAGGCAGCAACAUUGUGGAGAAAUGCUGGCGAGGGGAGUAUUGGUGUGCCGCCAUGGUUUCGUCUGAUAUCGCUGAAAUCCAGGCUAUUUCCAAGCGGGUUGCAAAAGGUCCGACGAAUGGUGGCAGAUUUUCGCCUGCCAUCGCUGAAGCUCAGGCUGUCGAAACCGCUGUGAAGGAAGCUCUGAUGCAUGCGGCGGAGGUUUCGUCUGUUGUUUCUAAGGUUCCUGUGUCAAAGGCUAGCAAUGAUGAUCAGACGGUUAAUGCAGAUUUGUAG